AUGUCGAAAAAGCUGAGCGUUCGUGAAAGAGAACUCUCAUCCUCCUUCUUCGCCGUGCGCAUAUACAUGCAAACUCGUCACGGCAAUAUAAAGCUGGUAGAAACGGUGGCGAAAAGAUUCAUCUGCGCUAGGAACAAGAAGCAAGAUAUUCGCCGAGCAAUUUCAGCCUUGGGAAUAUUCAUGAACGAUGUCGCGGUCGCUGUACUGUUUUCGCAUCUAUUCACCGCGCAGUUUGCCGGUCGGGGUCAGAAAGCUUGCUUUACGAAGCAGCAAAUCCGCGAAUCCAGAGAAGAGAGCCGUAAACCUACGGUUCUACCGUCGAGUCAGACGGUGACGGCGAAUGAGGGUGAGUCCCUGGACAUCGUCGUCGAGUUCUGCACCGUGCCGAAAUACACCAAAGUUCUCUGGAUGUCGGAGGAGCGUGUGUACACACCGGAUACGCCACCCCGUGACGGGGUUCGAGCCCUCGCAAUCGAGGACGGCGGCACGGAAUCAUGUUACAGAACAACGUUGCGCUUUGAGAUGAUUCAGUGGUCUCACGCGGGAGAGUGGCUACUGCUGGUACGCUCGCCGGAAGGGAUCGCCGACGCUUCCGUUCUGCUCAAUGUGACGCGCGCAUCCGAAUACAGCCGCGGCCACGUUCGGUCGGCGAGUAUCACGUACCUUCUGCUCUGCCUGAUUUUACAGGCAAUUUUGCAGGAGCGCCGUCGCUGAGACGAUCCGAGAAUGCGUAUUCGGGCGGAAGAAAUCUCGACGAAACUCCCGGCAGCGACGCGAAACGCACGAGUGUUGUCAGCUUUAUCGAUGAGGGAAGAUGAAAAGAGGGAGAAGGCUGCUUUGUUGUACAUAGUGUCGAAAUCCUCUCCCGAAGAAUUUUUCCCGCGCGAUUCUUGCGUUUGCUCGGCGAGAUGCACGUUUGUCCAACGCGUUGCGUGCAAUACUCGCAUAUCUUCGGCGUUGUUAUUGCAAACACAAUGAAAAUUCGAGUGGGAGCUGACGCGUUUUCGGCGCGCGCAGAUUAUUUGACGGCCUUGGUGUUCCUUGAAUCUCAUAGCAAGUUUCUCUUGUCCUAAAUAAUAGAUUUAGAGGAAAAAGCGUUUGUGCGUGAAUGCGCGAUCGCGAUCGAAUUGAGCGUCGGUUGCUGUCGUCGUUGCCGUCGUCGUGUAUAAAAUCUUACAGACGAGCUUGCGCGAACAACUCCCAAAUGUGAUCGGUUAAAAUUCGAUUUUCUGGCCUUAUACGAGGAUAGCGACGGAAAGAAAGAGAUCGCGCGGGCGAUAUAUACAUUAUAUAGAAAGAAAACAAAUUUGUAAACUAUACGAAUUCACGUGCGCUGAACUGCAUUGCGCGAUACGACAUGUGUGUGUAUAUAUUUGUAUAGGUAAUAAAAUAAGUCCAUUUGUGAAUUGUUCAACGGUGUUCGCGCACGUAGUGGGAUCAGAAAGAAAAAAAAACACGGAGACCAAUUUUUUUUCUUUUUUUCUUGUUUGACACUUGCGAGCAGUUCGCGAACGACAGAACAAAAAAAAUACAGUUUUGCCCAAUUCUCGUGACAGAGAAGUUCGAAUGGAUCGACUUUUAUGCUGCAAUCAUUGUUUUGAGAAGCGAACACAUGAUGCGGUGCUAACCGUAAUAAUAAUAAUAAAUAUUAUUAUUAAAUUAUAAAAUAAUGAAAUAAUAAUUGAGUGAACGGAACGAUGCGAUACAAAGAAAAUAGUUGCAAUUUUAAAAGUCUUACACGAAUCUUUCGUACUCGCAGAACGAAAGUAUACGAGAGAAUACGUUCUACUUGAAUGAGAGAAACUUAUUUGUGCAACGUUAAAUAUUCUUGAUGAUAGGGCGACUAAAACAAAAUAAAUUGUUGUAUAUUACUUAGAUAAGUAGAGUUUGAUAGCGUGUACAUAGUGAUUGUAAAUGCGUAGGCUAUCGCCCGUACACGACGAAUUAUACAGCUGUUAGAGAUAUAUUUAUUAUUCGUUGAUAUAUUUUUAUAAAGUUUUAUUUAGCUAUAAGUUCUCAUUUGCUUUUCCCCCUCCAAAAUCUCGUUCGCACGAUCGUAAACACUCGUUUCGUUGAGAAAGAAUCGGACAGAGAGAAAGAGAGAGAGAGAGAGAGAGAGAGAGAAAGAGAGAGAGAGAGAGAGAGAAAGAGAGAGAGAGAGAGAAGGNAGAGAGAGAGAGAGAGAAGGCAAAGCGGUAGCGCUCUAAGUUAAGGACUUUUCAACGAACAACCGAUUACAAUAAAAUACAUUGUGUCCUAUGGAACGUCCUAAAUUGAAUCUAGUUGUAGCUCAUCGUGAGAAACAUUGAAAUUGUUCCUUUGCUACAUUUUAGUUAGUACGAUGAUUGGAUGGAAAAAAAAACAGCGCAGCGUAGUGUCUCGUUUCUACUUUCGAGUGUUAAUCAACGUAACUUUUUUGUAUGUUUGGUGGUUCCUAAUUUUUGUAAGAAUAGAAUUUGUACUUCAGAGAUGUACCGACGCGGCUACGAUAACUUUUAUUGCCGAUAUGGUCCUUUAUUUAUACGCGCAAUCGUAGUCGAUACUCUUAACUAUGGUAUGAGAUUAACCAACACCUGAUGUCUUCGUUGAUUUUAGUCUACUUGACAAAUCCGACUUUUUUUCAGAUUGCUAAGGUGUUACAAAUAAGCAACGUGGUGUAAUCGUUGUAUCC